AUGCCGGUGCCUCACCUUCGUGAGAACCUCAAUCUCAGCUUUGAAUUCAUGCAGACCCUUAUCGCUAAGCAUAGAAGACUCCAUCCGUUUGACUGCGAUCUGCGUGCCAUCGUGAAGCUUCCCACGGUACACAAUUCCGAAACCGCCCUUUCCCAACACGGCUUUCUCGUUGAAGUUAUCGGUGGCCUCCCGGAGAACUUCAAUCGGGAUUGUUAUAUUCCCACCGUCGUGUAUUUGGUAGUCGCUCGUCUGGAGAGGGCUCUCGGUCAAUAUAAUAACUCCCACGACCGAAAGCACGAAAACAAAGAAAAAGAUCGGGAUCGCAAUGACCAAAUUAGAGACUACUUUCGAGUGGGACCCACCAAAGGAGCCGUUUUCUCCUCCUCCUCCGUUGGCGGUGGUGUCGUUCUCGUUUUGAAAUUCCGGCGGGUAGGCAAUCGGCACGUCCUUCCCGAUAUUCACGUCGAGCGUCUGGAGAUGAGUCAGCGUCGCGAGGCUCGGAGGUACGGUCCUGAACAGAUUGUUAUCGUUCAAGAAGAGAGAUUUCAAAUCGGUCAGAUUCGCGUAAGAUGCGGAAAUCAUCCCCGUAAAAUUCUUCCUCCCGAGAUUCACGAUUGUCACGCGACCUUUCUCACACGUAACGAAAUUCCAGUCCUGGCAUGGGUCAUUUCCCUCCCACGAGUCGGCUAG